AUGCUCGACGAUGGACAUGUGUCAUUGGAACAACGAAUACAAGCAACACUCGAUGAGAGAUGGAAUCGUCGACUCAAGAGAAGGCAAGAGAGCGGAGUAUAUCGAGUCUGCGCUGCCCAUAAUCUGCCUGCCGUCUUUGAAAAGGCAUUUGCUCUGGCAAAAGAUGCUGGCUUUGUGGCAUUGGUGCAUAGAAAUGGACCAGAGGGUGGAGAGGAGUGGACAGGCUUGGCAGCGAGACCAAUCUGUGGAUCCAAGGCACAUACUGGGAAGAGGGAGAAUAGGAACAAGAAGGAUAGACGUUGA